AUGCGGUUGAAGGAAGUGGAAGUUCAGAGGCCACACCUGCGCUCUCGACAAGGCAAGUUCCAGCAGCUCGGAUCGCCAAAAGAAUUCAGCCAACAACCUGAUCAUCAUGGAAUGGCGCAGCACGUACGGAGUACGCCCUUGACUGUACACAUCAUACCCGCAAACUCCGCCUUGAAACCCCCAACCCUAGCAACUUUCCCCGCGUGCCCACGUUGCUCAAAAUUAUGGAGAUUGGAGAAGGUCCUGACCUACCUCGUCUUUUACAAGCGCAGUACCUGGCACACACACACGCACAUGUAUACACCAAACAAACACCUCCAGCCUUCACCAACGCCUGGCAAACUAGCGCGAUAUCUCCGCAUCCCAGCCCAGGGAUUCGAAUGCUUCUCCACUCUCGCAUAUCCCCCGUAUCCAAACUUGCCCACGCUUCUGGGAGAGCGUGAGGGAGGGAGAGACUCAGAGAGGCAGACCGGCUUGAUCUCUUCGAUGCUCCCACGCUCCCAUCCGAUGCGACCUUCGGGCCAAAACCGUUCCAUUGCAGCUCGACGAGUCGGUUUGACCCUGAACCCUCGAAUCAUUAGAUUCUGCAGCCCAGGCUUGGACGUUGCCUACUUCCUGACGAGCCCGCGACGACUACCCACCCAACACCUUGCUGGAGAGUCCUUCAUCAACAACCCCCCCAAAACCAAGCCCAUCAUGGCGCUCCCUCCCAAGUGGUACCAGUUCCUUGUGAGCGUCUUCGCCUCACUCGGUUCCUUCAACUACGGUUAUGAUUUGGGUGUCAUUGCCUCUGCCAUUGCCUCGGCUUCUUUCAAGACCAAGUUUGGCGAAGACCCUAAUGAGAUUGGCGCUGUCGUCUCCGUCUUCACUGGAGGUGGCUUCAUCGGCGCUGGUGUCGCCGGUCCCACCGGUGACAGACUAGGCCGUAAGAAAACCAUUCUUAUCGGUGCUUCCAUCUUCGUUCUCGGCGGUGCUCUCCAGGCCGCUGCCCAGUCUCUCGCUUUCCUCUACGCCGGUCGUGCGCUCGCUGGUAUCGGUGUCGGUAUGUUGACGAUGAUCAUUCCCAUGUACCAGGCCGAACUCUGCCACCCUAGCAUUCGUGGACGAGUCACUGCUCUGCAACAAUUCAUGCUCGGUGUCGGUGCUUUGGCUGCUGCUUGGAUCUCAUACGGAACAUACAUUGGGUUUGCCGAGAACGACAACAACCAAUGGCGCGUCAGUUUGGGUAUCCAGUGUAUUCCUGGUGGCAUUCUGGCUUUGCUUAUUCUCCUCUUCCCCGAAUCUCCUCGUUGGCUCAUCGACCAUGGCCGCCUUGACGAGGGUCUUGCCACUUUGGCCAAGCUCCACGCUCACGGCGACAUCAACGACGCCUGGGUCCGCGCCGAGUUCGACCAAAUCCAAGAUUCCAUCGCCGCUGAGCACGAGGGCUCCGCAAAGUCUUACAAGGAGCUCUUCACCGACAAGUCUUGCUUCCGUCGUCUCUUCCUCGCUUGCGCUCUCCAGGCUUCCAUUCAGAUGACCGGCGUCAGUGCCAUCCAGUACUACUCCGUCGCAAUCUACGAGAAGAUCGGCAUCGCCGGUGACGAGACCCUUCGCUACCAGGCCAUCUCCUCCGUCAUUGCCCUCGUCGCUCAGUUCCUCUGCAUGAUGCUCAUCGACAAGACUGGUCGCCGCUGGCCCUUGAUCUUCGGUAACCUUGGCAACUGCGUUACCUUCAUCAUUGCCACCAUCCUUCUGGCCAAGUUCCCUCCUGGCUCUCCUCAUGCUAGCGGAGCCACCGCAUGGGGCUUCAUUGCCAUGACAUGGCUCUACAACUUCAGCUUCAGCGCCACCUGCGGUCCUCUAUCGUGGAUUAUCCCUGCCGAGAUCUUUGACAUGAAGACUCGUUCCAAGGGUGUCUCCAUCGCUACCAUGACUUCAUACGCCUUCAACACUCUCAUCGGUCAGACCACCUCUGUGGCUCUCGAUGACAAGCACGGCAUUGGCUGGCGCUGGUAUAUUCUGUUCAUUGUGUGCAACUUUACCAACGCCCUCUUCUUCUGGGCAUUCCUCCCCGAGACUGCUAAGCGUCCUCUGGAAGAGAUGAGAUAUCUCUUCACUGAGGCCCCUCUCUUCAUCCCAACCUUGGACAUGUCGACUGUUGAGUCCCACGACCUCGAGCGCAGGGUUGAGGCGGUUGAGCAGAAACGCGAGGAGCAUGGAAGCGAGCACAUUUGA